UGGCUCAGGGUUUGCUCCUGUAUCUGUUUACCAUCAGGACAGAUAACAACCUACCAGUGCUUGGGUAAGAGGAAGGCAUUCCGUGAGUUCAGUGGAAUGUAAGUUGGAAACAUUAAUUUCAGUCGUGUAGUGUUGUGGUUGGAUUUAAGUGUGUAUACUGUGGUCACACGUUGUUUUAAAUUUAUUUAACAAAAAGGGCGAUAAUGAUAGAGUCAGCAAAUAGUAAUAAUAAUCAAGACAAGUUGGGUAAUCCAUUAUAAGCUGCUGGACUCAUUCAAGCGGUUUCUAUUUCGAAUCUGAUACUAUUCUGAGUCAUCCUGACAUUUGUGUUCGUAUGGAAUACAAAGUCAUGGAGGUGUUUAAUUAUCCUGAUCGACUCUGUAACCUUGCAGUUGAUGCAUUUGGAAAAUGUGUGUCACAGUUGUUGAUACGACUUGUGAGGUACUUUCUCUCGUGCACAGAUGCAGUGUUGAUGAAAAAACACUACGUGCAGGAAGCCUGCCGCCAGUUGCAAGAGAUGAUUGUGAGAACGGUGCCACCCAUUCUCGCUAAUGAUGUGACCAUCAAGCUACUGAGACAUCUCGAUCAAACUUACCAUAAAUUGUAUAAAACUGAGAGAGUUUCUUCCGUUGAAUAUGUGGCUUCAGAAAUAUUGUGUGCCAUCAUACAUCCGGAUGUGAUGCGACUUGAAUGUUCAGAAAUCAAUUCACAUCCUAAACUGAUUGAUUAUUACAAACCAAGGGCAUCCAAGUUCGUUUAUUUCGCAUUGUCCAGGCUGGAGAACUUGAAAGUUCUGAAGUUAGGAUGGGCUUGGAAUAAUACUGAGUGUAAAUACAGUCUUACAUAUAUCCCAGAGAAGUUGGAGCAGUUUUCAUCGUGGGAUUGCAGCGAUAAAGAUGUGGAAUUUCUUUCAAUAUCCUGCAAGCAGUUGGUAAGCUUGGAUCUGACAAAUUCUUUUCGUGUGAGUAAUGCAAGUUUGCCCUUCCUUACAAAGUUCAAGUACCUGAAAGAGCUUAACGUGUGCGGGACAUACAUAUCCCAGAGUGGUUUGACAGAAUUACUUACUGCACUUGCAAAAACUGAAGUCCCAGGAAAUUAUUAUCCUGUAUGCCUGUCUAUGCUGUUGAAGAGUUUUGGAUGUGACAAUCCAUUGAAGGCUCACAUAGAUCUGCUUGUCGACAACUUUCAAAAUCUCACAUCGCUUUAUCUUCGCAAUGUGCGAUCUUUGAGCGUGGUCCAACUGAAGCACUUGGCUCAUUUGAGAAACUUCACUCUCACUUAUGUGCCAUUAAAACUUGCAGAAGAAGUUCUUCGGGUGAUCGGGCUUCAGUUGAAAUACCUGGACAUCACCGUGCAUACCGUCUUGGAUUUAAAAUCCAUUUGUAAAUACUGCCCCCUGUUGCAUUGCCUGCAUAUUAGUUUUCACAGGGGACUGUGUCAUCAGUCAGAAUCGACAUUAAUAGCGUACUUUGAGAGAGUUCCUCUGCCAGUAUUUCAGUCUGUUCAGUGUCUCCAGCUUGCUUUUUAUAAACCUGGCGUUGCUGAAUAUAUUUUGUCUCGAUUUGUGAAUGUCAGAAGGCUGUACAUAAUACAUGAUGGAAGCAAGGGUUUAUUUAAAGACAUUCUUCAACGGAAACAGUUGAGACACUUACGUCAAUUCUACUGGGGAAAUCACACUGUUGUUGAAUUUUCUGGAGAACAAGCAAUUAUUACCAGGUUUAACGAAGAAAGGAUCUCAGUUCAUUCGGCACAAAUCCGGGUAUCUUGAUUCUCUUGAUGGGAAGAAACAAUCUUUAAGAAUUUUUAUGUUCUUAAUGCCGUAUAUGGAAGCUCGGGUUGUCUGUUUUUAACCUUUUAAUGAGUAUAUUAAUGUUUACUUGAAGUUGAGGAGCACAGUGCAUGCACGUACGUAUAGAUGAACAAGUCUUAUUCGACUUUUGUUUUAAGGAUAUUUUAAAAUAUUGUCAUGUGCUGUUACCUCUGAUGGUAUAAGAGGUUUAAUCUGAAGAGUCUUAUGACAGGAGAUUUUUUACAAAUUACAGAGUAAACUCGUAUAACCCAUUCAAAUCUACUGUAUCAUAAAAUUAUUACAUUUUAAAACCUGACUGUUUUUGGCCUGUGAGCCCUUGUUUGGAGUUGGCUGUGUGUUGUAUCCUUAAAAUACAUAACAUUUUAUGAGAAAAAGAUGUUAUAUACACGUAACAGUGUCUUUAUAAUACAAGUAAUUGUGAUAAAUUUGUAUUAAAAUUAACUUUUAAUCAUUUUAGUUUUCUUGUCAUUUUUAUGAUAUGACCCAGUAUGGUACGAAACUUUUCCAUGUGUUUAGUCCAUGUGAUCUGCCAUCAGUCUGCGAUCUUGCUGUGCUGUAAGCCUGGGAGAACCGGCGUUAUAUGUUGUUUCUGAUUCACAUAUGUGUGAUAUUGCCAUCUUUACGUAGUGUAACCAUUGUACAUCUAAUGGCUGUGAUAGAUUAUUGUGAGUUUUUCUGUGACACGGAUUAGCACUUUUAAAAUAAAGGAAAAGUAAUUUUA